AUGAGCGAAGGAAAGGAUAUUUUGUACGAGGUUAGAGGAAAGGUGGCUAUCAUCACCUUAAACUUACCAAAAGCAUUGAAUGCCUUAAAUUUUGACCAAUAUCUUUUACUUGGAAAGUUGAUGGAAAAAGCCGAUGCUGAAGAAUCCACUGCUGUCACUAUAAUUCAAUCCACUGGUCGUUUCUGGAGUGCUGGAGCCAAUACCCAUGGAAUUGACAGCGAAGAAGCAAAGAAACAACAAAAUGAUGAUCAACAUGUGGUCUGGUUAGGAAAUUUCACCGCCCGUAAUGUAUGGUUAACUGAUACGUUUGCCAAACACAGUAAGGUUAUAGUUGUUGCAGCCAAUGGACCUGCAAUUGGAUUAAGUGCAGCAUUAAUGGCUCAAGCAGAUUUGAUUUACGUUAAGGAGGAAAAGGAUUUUUGGAUCUUAACUCCAUUCUCCAACUUAGGAUUGGUUGCAGAAGGUGCAUCAUCGGCUACGUUAUUCCUUAGAUUAGGAUGGUCCAAAGCUUCCGAAGCUCUUUUAUUUUCCAGGCCAAUUAAAGGACCAGAUUUAAAGAGUUUGGGGUUCAUUAAUCAAAGUUAUGAUGGCCAAUUCAAAUCGACUGAAGAAUUCAAUGAUGCUAUCUACAAGCAAAUUAUUGACCAAUUUGAUCAUUUAUAUGUUCCAUCAAUUAUAGCCAAUAAGAAGUUGCUUAAGGAUAAUAUUAACAAAUUGAUUAGUGCAGCCAACACCGAAGAAGGUAUUGGUGGAUUCAAUAGAUUUGUUAAGGGGAUUCCUCAACAACGGUUUCAAAUGUUGAAUGAUAAAAAGUUGAAGCAUAAGUUUUAG